GCAAGCCGCUACGCGCGCACGCGCACUCAUGCACCCAACGAAUAUUUGAUGAUAGUUGAUAACUCAUUUUUCAAAAUCACGCAGUUGUAAAUGUCAAACGAACUGCAAAUAAAAGUGUUAUUUGUUUACGCGAAGGAUGGAUGCUACGCCGAGGUGAUAUUCGUGGCGCAAGUUAAGAUAUUUUAGUUAACAUGAGCGGGAAGGAAGGCGGAAAUGCAGUUCCGUCUUCAAUUGCGGGGAGUGCGAGCAGCAGCGGUGUGACAGGUGUGACGCGGCGUGGUCGCUGCAAAUGGUUCAACGUGGCAAAGGGCUGGGGCUUCAUCACACCGGACGAUGGCGGGCAGGACGUUUUUGUUCACCAGAGUGUGAUUCAAAUGCCUGGCUUCAGAUCGCUUGGUGACGAAGAAUUGGUGGAGUUUGAGUGUACAGAGUCUGACAAAGGUUUGGAGGCAACGCGUGUGUCUGGACCGUCGGCAGUAGACUGUCAAGGCUCUCAUCGACGACCCUUGUCAAAAAAACGCUUCAGAAAAAUACGCUGCUAUAAUUGCGGAGAGUUUGCAAACCACAUAGCAGCAAAGUGCAGUAUGGGGCCACAACCAAAGAGAUGCCACAAUUGUAAGAGUGAGGAUCACCUCAUCGCUGAUUGUCCUAUAAAGGUCGAGAAGAAAAAGGAUGAUUCUCAGUCAAAGAAUUCGGGCAGUUCCCAGGGAAGCGCGCAUAGCAGCCCACAGCAGCCGUAGUCUACGCAGUUCGUCUUAAGACAUGUUGCUUAUGUUUGGCGUUCAUCAGACCAUAGGUUCAUAAUCAAUUAUUUACAUCAAUCAUUAAUAGACCCCGAUAUCUAGUCGCAAUUACAAACGUCAUGACAUGAGGUAGGAAAUACGAUGGCACAUCUUGGAAUCUAGUACUUAGUGUUUUUGGAAAUGAUAUUCAAAAAAAUUCGAUGCUACCCGUCGGUGGCAUAAUAUGGUGCAGUCCGUUUAUUUUUAUUCCGGACCAACCCUGGUAAUGGGUCGCGAUUUUUUUAAGCAUGCUUGAAGGUAUCAAAAGAUGCCUUGUCCCACAAGUGUACGAAUUUGUUCUCACUUGUUAAAAUACAACUUUGAGCUUUGCCUAUGUUCUGGUAUACCUAUCUUUAUUCGGGACAUUAAACUAAAGGCAUGGUAUCACAAUAAAUGUAAGUAAAUAUUAUUAGAAACAUUAUUGUAUGUAAUUUUGCAUACAAAUUAAGUUAUUGUUUUGUAUUCCCCUAUAUUGCAUGUCUUGUGCUAGUUUUUCGAAAUUCUAUGUCUGUUUUAACUUCUGUUAAUGCGACAAGUUUAAAAGGAAUCUAAUCGUAAGUUAUCCAGAAGCAAAGAAUUACUUAUCCAAAUACUUGUCAUGCAAACAUCAGUCAUCGCAUUCGAUAGUAAGCUAUCAGUCGGUUAGAUACAACAUUGACUGAAGCAAAACUGUCACAAAACCUAUCUUCUGAUGGACGUCUGACAGCCGAAAUUAAAAACAAUCAAUCUAUCCAUAAUCUGUCGGUAAGUUACUUAGCGAAGGUAUUAAUUGU